GGGAACAAAUCUGUGCUAAAUUAGGCAUGGAGUAAAGCAAUCUAGUGAUUAUACCACCUGGUAAAGGGCUACUGUCAACUUGCAGAAAAUAAGGAGGACUCAUACCAAGAAGUUGUCUGAAACAGUGGUAGAGUUGCAGGCAAUUCCUUCAGGAAACUUGUGGAGGACAGAGGAAUUUUCUUCCGAAGACUGGAAAAGGGCAAACGUGGUGCCUGCCUCUUAAGAAGGUGGAAAAGGAGGAGUUGGGAAAUGGUAGAUAACUAAGCCUGGCUUCAGUAUUUGGAAAAAUAUUGGAAUCAUCCACCGAAGAAUCUGUUUGCAAGCACCCAGAAGACAACACAACCGGGAGAAAUGACCAACAGCAGCAGGGAAUGCAAUUUUACAGACAUCGACAGAAUAGCAAAGACCCUGCGGUUGGGGAUCUCCAUUCCCACCUUCAUUCUUGGGCUGGUUCUCAAUACCCUGGCCCUCGCUGUGUUCUGCUGCUUUUGGAAGAAACAAACCAAAACCUCAGUUUACAUGAUCAAUCUUGCGCUUGCAGAUGUCUUGCUACUUCUCUCACUCCCGCUCAAGCUGUACUACUCUAUCACAGCAGCGCCCGGACUCCUGUGCUCAUUCAUAGAGUCUCUCUAUUUCGUCAACACGUACGGCAGUAUCUUCAUCAUUGUCUGCAUUACUGUAGACAGAUAUAUCUGCAUAAGGCACCCAUUUGAAGGUCGAGCUAACCAAUCCCCCAAAUGGGCUAUCUUGAUUUGCUGUUUCAUCUGGGCAGUAGCUUGGCUUUGCAGCAGCCCAAUGUAUGUGUUUCACAAGAAAGAUUGUUUUAAAUGCUUUUACAACAUGUCAGAACAGGCGUGGAGCAUCCCCCUCAUUGUUUCUGUGGAAACCUUUGGAUUUCUGAUCCCACUCGCAGUAAUGGUUUUCUGCUCUGCCCAAAACAUAUGGAUUCUUCUGAAUCACAAAAGUCAAGCUAAAAAGAAGGUAGAAGGCAGUGGCUCCUUACGAGUCAUUAUCAUCAACCUCGUGGUGUUUUUGGUGUGCUUCACACCUGUCCACCUUGCGAUCUGCCUACAGUGCCUGGUAAGACAGCAUGUGAUAGUGGACUGCAGUCUGAAACAAACCAUCAGCCUCUUCAUUCAGGUGUCAAUGAUAUUAGCCAACCUGAACUGCUGCCUGGAUGCCAUUUUUUAUUACUUUGCUGCAAAAGAAUUUCGUGAGAAAACGCACCUGAAAAAGGUUAUUGAACUAUGUCCUGUCUUUAAGCCUUGUGCAGCAUGAUGGCACUGCCUGCAGUGGAAGAACACCUCUUCCUCGGCUCCCACUUGCCUCACAGGACACCAACAGCAUUAUCCCUGACAUAGCAGUAGGGUCACCUUGGCCACGGCAGGGACGGUGCAGGAGGGAGAAGGACAAAGUUUUUCUGGUGAAUGUGAACCUGUUCUGUAUUUUUCUUCCCUUUAAAGAUGAAAGGAGAAAAAUGUUGGGAAAAGGAACCAGCAUUAGCAAAAUGACAGACUGACCAAAAGAAGCAUUAGCCUUGACGGUAUCUAGUAAAUGUGAAAGGCUUGCCAGAGGAAAACUACCCAGACCACUGGAAUGCCACUUAAAAUCAGCCUUUGUCAUUGCUGCACCAGUUUACCUUUUGCCAACAUGAUCAGAAAGUUGCUGCUAAGGGCCAAACAUAGAAAUAACUAUUCAAAACCAUCUUUCUAACUUAGAAGGUAUCUGAGAGUUAAAAGGCAGUAUCCGGCCAAAUGACUGACUCUGCUUUUUCCUUCUGUAAGAUUUACAGAAGGUCACUGCCGGAGGUCAUUUACUUUGAGCAGCUUGGUCAGCCUGGAAUAAUUAAUAAUGAAUCCUCCCUCCUGUAAGCAUUAUACACUGGUCAGGGCUACUACAUAGGACAGCAGCCCCUACUAUUCCAUGGAGGAUGGGCUGCCCAGUAUACAACCCCAGCGGAGUAUCUUGGGUACCAGCAAUUCCUUGAGCAACAAACAUUUCUGAUUAUCUUCCCUGAGGAAUCAGCAUGGUUUUCUCCUGCAAUUUUAAAACUGGUUUUGUACAUGAAAACCAAAAAGAACCCCUUCAAAUAUGGCAUUUAGUGAAAGACUGUACGUGAUUAACUGUAUUUCUACAUCACUGUAUUUCUAUCAAAGAUAUAACAGGAUAAAUGUAUGUAAUUCUUCUGCCUGUCUUCUCAUUCUUUCCUGGAGGAGGGAAAUUAGGAAAGCAAGCCCUGCAUCACAGAAAAAUAGGGAGUACCUGUCAGAUCAAAACUCCUCACUCCCAGCUGGAAGACUAGACCAGCUCUGUCCACCUCAUUCCUUAGAGAAGUCCUUCUAGCCUGUACUGUACACUUCACAAAACGUCUCUGGACAUGCCUCAGCCCUUCUUGGUCAGCACUUCUGGUAUGUCACCACCCUUAUGCCAUUUGCAAGUUUGGCUCUGAGUCUAAACAAAAGGUUUCUUCGUUGCAAUUUAAGCCUACCAUUUCUUGUACCAUUAUGUUGGCAUGGUUCAUGCUCUUAGCCAGAAACACUUUCACAACAAGAAGUCCAUUGCUGUGCCUUUUAAAAACAGCUGUAAAAAUGGUCUAAGAUUGCUUGUAAUCAAGUCUUCAUUCUGGGGCAGACAUUCCCUUUAUUCAAAAUGUGAAAAGAAAUUACCUUCUGUCUGGAGCAAAUUAAAAAGGGAGGGGGCCAGUUUUGAAAAUACAGUUUGCUGUCAAUUGAUUUCCAUAGAAAUGAUUGAUUGUGCAAGUGGGCAGCUGCACAUAUCUAAUACCGGGCCUAAUGUAUGAGCAUUUCAAAACUUGUUAGUACUAAAACUAUGACCACAGCUGAGGCAUGCAAGGAGCUCAGACACAAAGAAAAGUUUUUAUCAUCAUUUUCACCAUUAUCUGCAGAGGGGCAAGAGGAAGAGCUUUCCAAAACCGUAGGUUUUCAAAACAUUAUUUGCUACUGCCUCAAUCAUUCAGAAAUUUGCAGCCUUUCUAAUAUGAGCUAACCUUUCUUUUUUGUGCCUUUCAUGUUACUUCACAUAUGAAAUAUGUGUGAGAGAGAAUAUGUUCUACUAA